AUGCUUCGUUUUUUCUCCGAAGGAGUCACCGGCGAAGUGAACGAAAAACUGAAUAAAUUGAGUGAAGGAUUGGAAGAAAUGAAAAGAGAAAAAGAGAAAAACGAAAUAUCCGCUGAAGAAACGCGUCGUAUUGAAGCAGAAGAGCAAGAAAAUCUGAAAAAAUGGAUUUUAAAGCAAGAAUCAAACGAUGAAUUUCUACUGGAAGAAAUUAAAAGAACAGACAAAGAGAUCGAAUGCGAAAAGAGUGCCCAACGAUCGUUUAUGAGAGCGCUCUUCAUGGAAAUGAAGGAUUGUCGAGAGGACUGUAAUGCAUUUGGGACUCGAGUAUUUAAUGAAAUCAGUAAUCUUCGGAGUGAUAUAAAGGAACUCAGAAAGUUGUUCACUUCAAGAGAGAAGGAGAAUUUCCGCUUGGAAAAACCUAUUAAAUAUGAUCAGUCGGUGUCGAAUAACGAGGCGCUUGUCGCUGAUAAACGGUGUGCCUCCGACACAGAUUCUGGGAAUGGGGAAUCAGAUUUUAACCGAAUGAUUAUGAAAAUGACAAAAUCUUACGAUAACGAGGAAUAUAUUCGAGAAUAUCGAACUACAGUGAAGAGACUUGAGAAAAGUGUCGUCUCUCUUCAUGAAGAAUGCACUGAAAUUCGAAUUACACUUGAUAAUUUCAAGCUGGAAGUCGAGGCAAUGAGACGUGAGCAGGCUGAGAAGCUCGUUUCGAUAGAGCAAACAUUUCGGAAGGAACUGGAGACGUUGCGAAAUGAGUCGGAGAAGAGAAGUGAAUCUCAAGAUAUCAAGCCCAAAAUCAUUGUUCCCGUUCAAAAGUCUGAGUCAACAUCUUCAGCUCUGAAACCGAAACCAAAGAUACCUCCAAAAGAUGUUCCCAUUCAGGAGGCAAUCAUUGGAGAGUGGAAACUUAUUUCACACGAUAAACUUCACAAUUUCUGUGAGAAAAAUAAAAAGUACAAACAUGAAGUUCACUUGGAAAAUGUAAAAUUCACGAUUGACGAUGGCAAGCUCACUUCUUACGCUUUCAACGGAAAAUCGUAUGUGAAGCUGAAGUCUAAAGCGAUGAAGAAAGGAAAUAGCAAGAAGAACUAUUGGCACGUCGAGAACGAUGUUAUCAAAUCGUUCGAUUCAAAUGGAAUUGUUGAUCCGAAAGCAAGCGAAUACUCGUCUCGAUACAUUAAGAAAGGGCAACUGAUCAUUACUAAUGAAAUUGGAGGAAUCACCUGCACACGAGUUUUUCAACGAAUUAAGUAA